GGGGCACACACAGAUAACAUUAAGGAUAAGACUCGCUCUACAGUUUACAGCUUUUAUUUAAGACAGAAGACAUAAUGGCAGUGGCAGCAGUUCCCGAAAUAAAUGACAUUUCAAUGGAAUACAGUGAGCAUGUUGAAGAAUUUUACUCUGAAGACUUGUCUAUCCAAACAAAGUGCAACACAAAGUGCGUACAAUGGAAUCACCAUGAGGAGCACUGGUCUACUUACCUUUCUGAAAUAAAGCCUGAAAUAAGGAAGCCAAGAAAACAGAUGAGCUCCUUUAGGAAAGCCAUAAUGCUUGUCGUAAUUAUAGAAAAGCUGAAGGGGAAAAAAAGAUUUGAGAAUCAGUUCUUUUUUGAUGACGAUGACCUGCUGAAUCACAUCCUUGUAGAGGAGGACAUUACCUACAACGAAAUUGAAACUCAACAGGCCUCUAAAUCUCAAUUUCUAUACAAUAAAACAACAGUGCAUGUUAUUCGGGACUACAAACAGAAGUGCUUAGCAUUGCAAGAAGUUCAAGGCAAAGCUCAUCUUGUGGCCUUGUACUUGCAAGGGACGAACAUUGAGCAGGAAGCAAAAAUAUGCGUGGACACCUACAUUACAGCAAAGCCCGAUAUAAACAAACGUCCAGUCACAUUGGGAAUUGCAGGCCGCCAACUCUACUUAUCUUGCACUAUUGAAGAAGGGGAGCCUGUUCUGCACUUGAGGGAAGUAGCUGAUAUUAAAGAAAAAAAGAAUGAUGACUUGUUGCCCUACAUCUUCUACAAACAACGGGGGAACAAUAAGUACAACUCAUUUGAAUCGGCGGCCUUCCCAGGCUAUUAUAUAAGCACGUCCCAGGAAGUGAGCCAGAAAGUGCAAAUAAAGCCGCAAGACGAUCAAAUCUUCCUGCACGAGUUCUUGAUAAAUCCAAAUUUUUAGUUUACAGGUCAACCAUUUCUAUGUAUGUACCGUGUACAGAGAGGUCUGGUUCAUCUAAUCUGUUACCUAAGGAGAGUUGUGAAAGUAAUGCUUAUUUUAAGUCAAAUUCUGCAUUAAGCACUUUUAUAAAGUUCUCAGUCAGAGAAAAAAAAUAAGUAACUCACUGAAGAGUUUACAUGUUUUUAUAGUUAUAUAUUUAUGAUAUUAUUGUUUUUAU